AUGAGUACCAUUUCCAAGAAUUCCUUGAAGAGCUCCCUGCUGCAGCUAGAAUGUCAUUUUACAUGGACUUUGCUGAAGCAGGAUGUGGAUCUCGAUGAUGUAGAGGAAACAAUAGGCAACCAGAUCGAGUUUUUCGUAAAAUCCAACAAUAAUCUAUUAUCCUAUAUAUGCCACCUAAAAUUCAAACAAGCUGAAGAAGAAGUUAAAAAAAAAUAUCCAGAUGAAGUUGCCAGAAGUCUUGUUACCUGGGGGAACUAUGCCUGCAUCUAUUACCACAUGGAGAGAUAUAAAGAAGCUCAAACUUAUGUAAACAAAGUGGAAAACAGCUACAAAAAGCUUUCAAGUGCUGCUCAGUGGAAGAUUCAGCUUCCAGAGAUCUAUGCUGAGCAAGGAUGGGCAUUAUUAAAGUUUGGCGGAAAGUACUACAAGAGAGCAAAGAAUUGCUUUGAAAAUGUCCUGAAGAAUGAACCCAAUAACCCGGAAUUUAAUGCUGGCUAUGCAACAGCAAUGUAUCAUUUGGAACAGGUUUCUCACAGACAACGCGAAGACUUAAGCCCGUCCCUUGAGCCCCUGAAGCGUGCAGUGAAGGAACUGAAUCCAGAGGAUACUAUCAUUAUGGCAUUACUUGCAUUAAAACUUCAGGACUUAAAGCAAGUUGAUGAAGGGGAGAAGUACAUUGAAGAAGCAAUGGAGAAAACCCCUGAUCUUCCUUAUUUCCUGCGGUAUGCCGCUAAAUUUUACAGAAGGAGAGAAGAAGCCGACAAGGCACUGGAGAUUUUGAAAAAAGCCCUAGCAGUGACACCAAAAUCUGCCUUUUUGCACCACCAGGUAGGACUCUGCUACAGAGCAAAGCUGUUUCAUUUGAAAAAGACUACAAGAUAUCCACCUCAAGAGCAAGUGGAGGAACUCAUCCGACUUUCCAUUUUUCAUUUUAAAACAGCGACUGACCAAAACAAAUUUUUUUCUGCCUAUACCGACCUAGCAAACAUGUAUGCACAAGGAAAGAGGUAUGAAGAAGCAGAAGAGACAUUUCAGAAAGCAUUUCAGAUAAAUAUUCUAUCCUAUGAUGAUAAACAAGAACUCUACUACCAUUAUGGCAAUUUUCAGCUUUUUCAUAUGAAAUCAGAAUCUGAAGCCAUUAGGUAUUACAUAGAAGGUCUGAAAAUUGAAAAAGAUUCUAUUGGAAGAAAUAAGUGCAGAAAUGCUCUGGAGAAAUUGUUGGAACAGAGAAUUCAGAGAGGUUUAGGAGAUGCAACAGAUUUUGGUACACUUGGACUUGUUUAUAAUCUAAACGGUGACAAACAUGAAGCAAUUGAGUGCUAUGAGAAAGCCGUUGCAUUGUGUCCGGACAAUGAAGAAUACCUGAGUGCACUGUGUGAGCUACGACUUUCCAUCUCAACCUAA